GAGGAAGUGCUGCUUGUGCUGAAGGAACGGCUGGGAGCGCAACACACAAGGACGCAGCGCGAGCGCGAGCGAGGACAACGCGCGCAAAGAGGUGCACCUGUAAUCCACGCUGCUCACUCUCCGAUGUGCGGAUAGUGUGAGAGCAUCCAGAAGAGAUAUUCUACACCACACGCAUACCCAUGCUUGGGAUUUGGCUUUCUUUUUCUUCGCUAAUGCAAAAGGAAAUAUGCAGCGAAGCCUCACACUGCUCUGCACCAGUUUUCUGGGAUUGUGCUUCGGUUCCAGUUUCCCAAGUAAUAUCAACAUAGGAGGGUUAUUCCCAACCGAAUCACACGAAUAUGAAGUGUUUCGGUUUGCGCUCUCGCAUCACCAGGAUAUCCCUAAACUGGUACCUCAAGUGGAUAUGGUCAAAAUGGGGAAUAGCUUCUCCAUGACAUAUGCUUUCUGUUCGCAGUUCUCCAAAGGAGUGUACGCCAUCAUCGGCGUGUACGACAGGAAGACCGUCAACAUGUUGAUGUCGUUCUGCGGUGCGCUACACGUCUGCUUCGUGACGCCCAGCUUCCCCAUGGAAAACUCCAACCAGUUUGUCAUCCAGCUGAGACCCGAACUGCAGGACGCCCUGGUGGGCGUAAUCGAGCACUACAAGUGGUCCAAGUUCGUCUACAUGUACAGCUCGGACUCUGGACUGUCAGUUCUGCAGAAGGUUCUGGACACAGCAGCGGAGCAUAACUGGCUGGUGACCUCCGUGAAUGUGGAGACAAUGACGGAAGCGUCCUUCCUCAAAGUGUUCCAGGACCUGGACAAAAAGAAGGAGGGCCAGAUCAUCAUCGACUGUGAGCUGGAGAGACUCACCUCAAUCCUGAAGAAGAUCAUUGAGUUGGGGAAGAACGUGAAGAGCUACCACUACAUCCUAGCAAACCUGGGGUUUCUGGACAUCGACCUGACAGAGUUUAAGAAGGGUGAGGCGAAUGUAACAGGCUUCCAGCUGGUGAACUACGCAGACCCUAACGUCAGUAGGAUAGUGCAUCAGUGGAUGGACUUUGACAACAAAGAUGCCAAAGUUCCCAAGCGAAGACUGAAGUACACUGGAGCUCUCACAUAUGAUGGAGUCAAAGUCAUGUCCACAGCCUUCCAGAACCUCCGCAGGCAGAGGAUAGAUAUAUCUCGCCGUGGAAAUGCUGGAGAAUGUCUGGCCAACCCACCAGCACCUUGGGGCCAAGGCAUCGAUAUUCAGAGAGCACUUCAGCAGGUUCGGAUUGAAGGCCUAACAGGACACAUUCAGUUCAACGAGAAAGGACGAAGGACGAACUACACUGUCAGUGUGAUGGAGCUCAAGCCGACAGGACCGAAAAAAGUGGGUUACUGGAAUGAGGAUGAGAAAUUUGUGAGCACGGCGGCCUACAUGCCAGGCAGUAAUGACACUUACGGGCUUCAGAAUCGCACAUAUAUUGUUACCACUAUUCUGGAAUCGCCGUAUGUCAUGCUGAAAAAGAACCACGAGCAGUUUACAGGAAAUGAUAAGUAUGAAGGUUACUGUGUGGAACUGGCAGCUGAGAUAGCCAAACACGUGGGAUACCACUACAUACUCAAGAUAGUGGCUGAUGGGAAAUAUGGAGCCAGAGAUGCUGAGACCAUGAUGUGGAAUGGGAUGGUGGGAGAGCUCGUCUAUGGUAAAGCUGACGUAGCUGUAGCCCCACUGACCAUCACCCUGGUCAGGGAGGAAGUCAUUGAUUUCUCCAAGCCCUUCAUGAGCCUCGGCAUCUCCAUCAUGAUCAAAAAGCCCACCAAGUCCAAGCCUGGUGUGUUCUCCUUCCUGGAUCCUUUGGCCUAUGAGAUCUGGAUGUGUAUUGUGUUCGCCUACAUCGGCGUGAGCGUGGUGCUUUUCCUAGUCAGCCGCUUCAGUCCCUAUGAGUGGCACGCAGAGGACUGCGAGGACGGAGCUGAGCAGAACCCUAACCAACCCUCCUCGUCGUCCGCCCAACAGGGUCAAGGUCAGCAGAACCAGAACCAGCAGAGCCAGGAGCAGACCAAUGAGUUUGGCAUCUUCAACAGUCUCUGGUUCUCAUUGGGAGCUUUCAUGCAGCAGGGCUGUGAUAUUUCCCCCAGAUCUCUCUCUGGCCGUAUCGUGGGUGGUGUGUGGUGGUUCUUCACUCUGAUCAUCAUCUCCUCAUACACAGCCAACCUAGCUGCUUUUCUCACAGUAGAGAGGAUGGUGUCACCCAUCGAGAGUGCAGAGGAUCUGGCCAAACAGACUGAGAUUGCUUAUGGGACUCUAGAUGCCGGCUCCACCAAAGAGUUCUUCAGGAGAUCAAAGAUCGCAGUCUUUGAGAAGAUGUGGUCCUAUAUGAAGUCUGCAGACCCCUCAGUGUUUGUGAAAACCACAGAUGAAGGAGUUAUACGGGUGAGGAAAUCCAAAGGGAAGUAUGCCUACCUGCUGGAGUCCACCAUGAACGAGUACAUAGAGCAGCGCAAACCCUGUGACACUAUGAAGGUCGGAGGAAACCUGGACUCCAAAGGCUACGGCAUCGCCACCCCCAAAGGAUCCCCUCUCAGAAACCCAGUAAACCUGGCAGUGUUAAAACUGAAUGAACAAGGCCUGUUGGACAAAUUGAAAAACAAAUGGUGGUACGACAAGGGAGAGUGUGGCAGCGGAGGAGGUGAUUCCAAGGACAAGACCAGUGCUCUUAGCCUCAGCAAUGUGGCUGGGGUCUUCUACAUUCUGAUCGGCGGUCUGGGUCUGGCCAUGCUGGUGGCCCUGGUGGAGUUCUGCUACAAGUCCAGAACAGAGUCCCGCAGAAUGAAGUCUUCGGAUGGAAGAUGCUCGUUUUAUUGCUUUCCUACUGAUGCGGAGACUCUGGGUUCAUACCAUAAGCAAUCCAUCAAUGACGCCAUGCGCUGCUCCACGCUGACCAGGAUGAGCGGGAACGGUAGCGGCGGGGAGAACGGGCGGAUUGUCACACAUGACUUCCCCAAAGCUGUGCAGACGCUGCCGUGCAUGAGCCACGCGGCCAGCAUGGGCAUGGGAGCCUCUGGCAUGUGACCAUCUUGACGGAGCGGCACGCGUCACAUGUAACGCACGGACCUCCCGUUCACCUGCCGUCUGCCCCUAUGUCUGUCUGCCCGCUCGCAACAGACGCACCGUACUGCCAAAAUGCACUCGAAGACUCUUCUCAGUGAAUAGCCACCAAUAAAACUCUUUUCUAAAGAAAAACAAAACAUUAAAAAAAGGGGGGAAAAAGUGCUGCAAUAACAAGCCUGUGGGACUCUUUGGGAAAAAAGUGUUCGUUUAUGUCAUGAAUUCAGAAAACAAAAAAGAGAAGUCUUGUGUCCGAUUCGACACUCGCGCUGUGCCAAUAUUAUAAACCUGUUUACUUCUGUCUGAGUGUGCAAUAUUUUAGUUCAUAUCAGUGUUCAGCAAUGUUGUCUUUAACUUGAAUUUCUUUACAAAGAUUAGCUCACAGAGAUGUUUUGUUUUUUUGCACAAAUAUGUUCUAUGAAAUGACAAAAGCAAGUUCAUUUUCCUUAUACUUACUAGAAAAGAGUUAGAGUAAGCUAACGAGCAAGAUCUUACGCAUUUACAGUAUAUGGAUCCAGUGCCCCGUAAACAACAUUGCUUAUUUCUCUCGGUCACUUUGCGUAUUGAACAAACAUAUCAGCUCAUUUAACGACCUGUCCAUAGUGUAAAUACUCCGAUGUAAAUCUGAAACCGAGUGAGGGGUAAAUUUGAUUUGUUGUCAAUCGGUAGAGCAUAGCGGAACUGAACUUGUUGAUUAUCUUGCUCUGUGAUUUCCCACCUCAUGGACCUUGCAUAGCUGCUACGCCUCGUUUCAGGCGCCAUACCUCAUCGGAGAUCUGGGAGCGAGCCGCCACAUGUUUUGAUUGCCACUUCAGUGGGAGCUCUCCUAGGACGGAGUCAAAUUUGACCUCAGUUAUGGGCAAAUGUGCUUUAAUGAGCCAGUUUGUCCCCAACACAAACCAUCGGAACCUCGUUAACGUGAAGCCAUCAAGAAUACAUUAAGAAAAGUUUAUUUAAAUGAUGUUGCUGUAACAAAAAAGGGUACUUUGGUAAAGAUUUGUUCAUAUAAGACUAUGCCCACAUGGAAUAUCCAGAGAUUUCUGCCAAAUCUAAAUGCCCAUUACUCAGUUUCUACACAUCCCUUGCCACAUUUGGCUAAUUUGAUCAUUCUAAAAGAAUGUAGCACUCUCGGUUUACUGCAUUUAAAAUCCAUUCAGCAGAUUUUUCCCCACAAUCCAUAUAGAAAUUGUCAAACAUUCUAUGUGGGCCUACAUGGAACACUCCUUAAAGGGAUAGUUCACCCAAAAAUGAAAAUUCUGUCAUAUACUCAUUCUCAUGUUGCUCCAAAUAACACCCAUGGUGUACACAAAAAAAUAUUUUCCGUAUUUUAUAUGUCCAUUAUAUGCAUUGUUUGGACCCCAUUGACAAAAACAUUGCUACAGGUCGUACAGGUUUGGAACAACAUUAGGGUGAAUAAAUGACGAUUGAGUCAACUAUAAGUUGUUUUCUGUUAAUAGAACUAAGGAAGAAAAGAGUGCAGAACAGCUACAGGAUCCAAAUACUGGUGAAACAUAGGCUGUUCUGUCCUAUACACACACUGUGCGACAAGGCUCCUUGUGAAAUGAUGGUUGUGGAGAUAUUAUUGAUCGGCUACUGGGGCCAAGCUGACCUUUCUGAGCUCUUGGCUUCUUCACUGCAGGCUUUCAGAACAUGGCUUCCAGCUCAACAUAAACGGCUCUACCUAUUCAGCCUUCCCCUGCACACUGCCAUUGUACUGCGAAACAUGACACACUGUGUGGCCAUCGAAACGCUUCUAUUUCUCUGGCUUUUACUUUCCAUUUUCUUGACAUGUUUUAUUAGGCACAGAACACUGCGGUCCUUUAUGGCCUCAUGUGAGAGCAGUAUUUUAUAAGCAGUAAAAGAUUUGUAAAGUUCAAGUGAGUCAUUUAACAUUUAUACCGCUGUGAGAUUUUGAAGAGUUGAUUGAACUAGUGUUUUACACAUUGCUGACGCAAUGUUACUCGGAUAUUCUCACUGAUAGGGAUGUUGAUUUCGAUUAGUUAGGAGAGAAAUGGAGUCUUUGUGUUUCUGCUUUAAAUGUUGAAACUUCUUAUUUUGGGGGGUAUUUUAAUGCAAAAUGUAUUCUUCAUACUCGCCUACUUCUUGAUGAUUCCACAAUUUUAUUUGGGAUGUUUUUUUUUUAUUGUUUAUUUUUCUUUUUUUUAUCAUAAAGAGAGAUGUGGUUGAAUCAAAUUUACUGGAAAAUACAUUCAAUCAAUAAUGAAUAAAACUUUUCUAACCACAGUCA